GCUGUAUCUACGAGGCUAGAGCCUCGCUACGCUCGGCGUCUAACGCCUCGCAGCACACCACAACCUGUUAACGCCCUCUCGCAUGAGCUCCACCAGCCCUAGGAACUAAGGAUAUCGCACACCAUUCAACGCUAGCAAUACCCAUACACCACCAGUUUAGCUUAGGAAUCAUUAGGUCGUGCGUCAUUGCACUGGUGUGCGGCACUAGGGCAACAUGGAGGAUGACGAAGACAUACUUAGCUCAAUGUCCGGGGAUUACGAUCUGGACUUAAUAUUGCCGUCCUUGUCUGAGGACGGCGAUGAUGAGGGAGAGAAUGAUGGGCCAGAAGAAGGAAUCGGCGCGGAUGCGGACGACGCGGAUUCAGAAGAGGGCAAUGUCAUGCUUGGUGGUCGCGCUGCUGGACUUGUUGCUGGUAGACUACCGGAGGCCUAUCUACAGGGCGCCGGUGACGCGCCCAGUGCACUGGCCCGUGUACAAGCGCCAGCGGAGGCUUCUGCGCUAGCGUCAUGCAUGCAGUCGCCAGGCCUGAGGGCUGGGAAGACGGUCAUUAACACCCACAACAACAAGCUUGCGGACUUCCUCUCCUACUCACCCAGCCACAGCCGGGUCACCAUUCAGUACCCAGACAGCAACCGACAGCUGCACGUCAAGGCAGCUAAUGUACAGGUGUGUCCCCUUGGGGGCAAGUACGACCAGCGGCGAUUACUGUUGUCAGGCAAGGACACUAGCGACCAGGCGGUGUUGGUGACAAGCGGCAGAUAUACGGGGCAGGUCGGUGUCGUCCCGGCUGGCUACAUGGGCACACAAAGGCCCAAGGUGACCCUUGUGGACAGGGAGACAGGUGCACAGCACCCAGCGGUCAACGUGGAGGCGGCCAGGCUUCACGCUGUGUCCGCGUCCGAGCUAGGAGCGCGUGCCUUCUCGCAGCAACAGGCGGACGCCAUCCGGUCGCACACAUCCUCGGCUUCCGCUAGCACCUCCAGACCUGUGCCGUGGUCGAUAGCGGCUGCAGCAGACAGCAGUGGUGUGGUCGGUGGCGUACAGCAAGCGGCUCAGCACGAGCCUGUGGGGUGGCGGUGGCAGCGCGGCAGCGGCAGCGUCAGCGGCGUCAGCGGCGGCGGCAGCGGCGGCGGCAGCGGCAGCCGCUGGCCCUUUCGGUCAGGGGAUGGGAAGAGGCAUGGGGGCGUACGGCGGCGGUGGUGCCGACGCGACAGCGGCGGCGGCAGCGGCAGCCGCUGGCCCUUUCGGUCAGGGGAUGGGAAGAGGCAUGGGGGCGUACGGCGGCGGUGGUGCCGACGCGACAGCGGCGGCGGCAGCGGCAGCCGCUUGCCCUUUCGGUCAGGGGAUGGGAAGAGGCAUGGGGGCGUACGGCGGCGCGGCAGCGGCGGCGGCAGCGGCAGCCGCUGGCCCUUUCGGUCAGGGGAUGGGAAGAGGCAUGGGGGCGUACGGCGGCGGUGGUGGUCUCUGCCUCAUUGCUCUUUUUAUUUUGGAUGUACUGACUUGCCGGCUUUCCUUUGCAGUGCCCGUUAUGCAAGAGGGGGCUCAGUGAGCCCAACUACGCGGACCGUGGCAGCGCGCACCAGUACAGGAGCAUUCGCUGCUUCUGCUCGUCAAUCGCGCCGCCGGACUACAACUUGUCGCUUCCCCAGCUGAGCCAGAGGUACUCCGGGCGCCGGUACGAUGGGUGGGGCUGCACGUACCAGUGCAGCCCCGCCAUGAUGCAGACGGUGCUUAAGAAGACGUACGAGAACGUCACCUCGUCUAUCAGGAGGCGCAACAGUGGCCCUGCCAGCAGCAGCGGCAGUAAGCGCAGCCGCGGCUCGAUGGAGGGCAACGAUGACGACACCGACAGCGACGUUGUCAUAACUUCCUAUCGGGGCCCGCCCGGUGCCUCGUCUGCACACCCCCUGCCGCCACUUCCCCCCCGCAGUGCUACGGCGAUGCGCCGCGCUGGCAUGCGCCGCACGGCUUCGGCGGCAGCUGCGGCGCCGGCGCCGGUGAUGGCACCGGCGAUGAUGAGUGGGGCGGCGGCAUUGGUUGGGGCAUCAGCCAUCGCACAGGUGGCGUCUGCAGCAGCGCAGCUUCUGGGUGACAGCGAUGUGGAGAUCAUUGAGUAGUGAGACGGGGAGGGUACGAACGGGGUAUAGGGCAAGGCUAGAAGAGGUAUAAGUGAGACGGGGAGGGUACGAACGGGGUAUAGGGCAAGGCUAGAAGAGGUAUAAGAAGGAUACUGAGGUUGUACGGGAGGGGUUGCACGGAGUCAAGGUGUAUGCCUUGCUACGCGCUGUUGUUGUGUUGGACUCAAUGUCUUCCUCCCUAGCGUACUUCUGGCUAGUGCUCAGUACCGGCUUUGGGGCCGGUGUGUUGUUUGUUUGCGCCGCUUCCCGCAAUGUAAGGCUGAUGACUUG